GGCAACAGGUGGAUGGAGGAAGAAAAAGUAACAUCCACUAACAAAGACAACGUGGAGGAGAAAGAUGGUAGCUCAUUUGACAGUGUAAAGGAGACUCAAUCUGUUUCUUAUUCUGUGUGGAAGAGUAGUGCUUACUAUUGGCUGUUCAGUGCACUCUGUUGCCGUUGGAAAUGAAGUGGGGCAACACCUGAGAAGGAGGCUGUUCGGGAGCAGAAAGGGAAUGCUUUCUUUCUGGAGAAUUGAGCCGCUGUUAUCCUCACCUGGUGGAUGUAAGGGGGGGAGAGGGACAGAGGCCUGAUUGGAGGGAACAUUCUGGGCUUGACUGAAAGACCUGUGCUCCAUUCUCAGCUCUGAGGUGGUUAUAUGGCCAGAAGGAAAUCCUGUAUCACCUGAUCAACAAAAGAAUGCUAUUUUCCACACCUGUGCUGUGACCUACUACAGGACUGAAGCUACUGUAUAUGGGAGAGCCUUCUCUGGCCUAGGAGGAUUUAGAAGUCACUAAGCGACAGGUACAAGUCAACAAGAGACCCUAGGUCAUCUGUGAUUAUAACCUAGCCACAACCAUCAAGGGAUAGGCUUGUAAGGCAGACAUCACACACUUGCUUAUAACACAGUUAUAACAUAGUCAUAGCAUUGUGACGUGACACUAAGUCAGUGUCUUGGUGUGGCUCCCAGGCCCGGACAGCCCACUCCUCUUCACGAUGCAGCAGCCAACUGGAGGAGUAGAGCUGCAGGACGAAUCCUUUGAUUUCCUGUUCAAGAUCAUCCUGAUUGGAGAUUCUAACGUGGGCAAGACCUGCGUGGUCCAGAGCUUCAAGUCAGGACAGUUCUCAGAGAGGCAACAGAACACCAUAGGAGUGGACUUCACCGUGCGGACAGUGGACAUCGACGGCAAGAGAAUUAAGAUGCAGGUAUGGGACACGGCUGGACAGGAGCGUUUCCGGACCAUCACCCAUAGUUACUACCGCAGCGCCCACGGCGCCAUGAUCGCCUAUGACAUCACACGCCACGGAACCUUUGACUCCGUGUCCAAUUGGAUCAGGGAGGUGGAGCUGUACGGCGCGGCCAAUGUAGUGCUCUGUCUCAUUGGUAACAAGUCUGACUUGGAGUCUGAGCGUCGGGUGUUGUUCCAGGAGGCAUGCUGUAUGGCUGAGGAGAGAGGCCUCCUGGCAGCGUUAGAGACCUCAGCUAAGGAGGCCCAGAAUGUGGACGAUGCCUUCAUGAUGAUGGCCCGCGAGCUGCUGGCACGCAACGGCAUGGCCGUCCGGCAACAGGCCCCUAGCAACAAUGACUCGCCCCGCGUCCUGCUCCGAGCCAACUCACGACCAAUCAACGGGCCAGCGGUGAUCACAGACAACAAGACGUGUUGCUGACAUAGAGAGGAGGAAGGACAACAGAGGGAGUUUAAGAAUGGAUACCUGGGGGGACUGUGCCACUGUGUUACCUGCAAGAGGACAGAAUAAGGCAGGGAUCAUCAACUAGAUUCAGCCACGGGAAGAUUUCUUUCUGGAACGGAUGGUCGGGGGGCCGGAACACAAUUACAAUUAAUUUGUAAACCACAAAUUGACCGCAAGAAGCCCAAACAGAUAUAGUUUGACUAAAACAUAAUCAUUUCAAACCUGGCUCACAUUUGUUCACGUUCACGUGUCUCUCUAUUAUGCGUGGGAAUACUUGGGAACAUAUUUCAUAAAUUAAAAUCACUUGGAGCUGAUUUCCUGCUGUUUCUACAGUCUUUAAUGUCCAACAAUGAAAAUUACACAAAGAAAUAUAUAUAUAUAUAUAUAUAUGUCUUCUUUCUUUUUACUUGGGGGGCUAAAUAAAACCACCCGCGGGCCGCCAGCUGGGGAACCCUGGAAUAGGGGAAGCUGAGACCGUUACAGGCAGUACACAUACUCCUUUAUUGUGGGUGACUUUAGGUGCUAUUGAACUAUGACCUAUGCAGUGGUGUAGCGUAGUUUCUCAACCCCCCCCCCCCCCACAAGUUCCGAGCAAUUUAAUUAAAAAAAUGCUGUGUAGCGUUUUUAUAGCUGAGUUCUUUUCUGUGUUCUGCUGAGAGAACAGGUUGCUGUUUCAGAGUUCAGGGGUUCUUCAAAGACGGGACAAGACGGGUCUUAAUAUCACAAAAUGUGAAAUAUAUAUUUUGAUCAACCAAAGUAUCAGCUAUCACACCAUGUAAAUGAAUAACUUCCUAAUGACAUUCUUAAUAUAUCAUCCAAUGCAACUAACUGGAUUUAUGUCAACUCCGUCAAACACCAUAAAAGGCAUUUUCAUUUACAAUUAUUAAGUGUUUAAAACGGCCUUGGAUUGUUUCACUCUAACAUUAGAUUAUUCAAAUAUGUCAUAUAAAUCUCCAAACUUCUUUUUGUUUAGUUUUCUAGAUUUAGGACAUUAAACAACAUUUAUAAAAUAAACAUCACCCCUAGGUCUAAAAUAGCAAAUAUUAGAAUUGUUUAAGCAUCUGUUGCAGAACAAUUCAAAUAUUUUGUCUGAAUAUUGACAACAACAACAAAAUCUUAAGGGGGUUAGCCAUCAGUGACGGAGUUGACAAGCCACUGAUGUAGUUGGCAACGGAUACUGAUACUGCCUCUAAAAAUACAAGUUCAAUACAAACAUUUGUAAAAUAUGGAAAAUGAUUAAUUUCAGCAUUCUGACAGAGUUGAUGCUUAACAGAGUGGACAAAAAUGUAUGCUUAAUUCAAGUGGUAUUACACAGUAGCAAUUAUGUUUUACUCAGUUGCUUUAUGACUCUAAAACCUCAGUUAAAGAAUAUUUCUCUCAAAACCUGAGAUUUGGUGAACUCUGUCAGAUUAGUCUAAAAUCUCAAAAGAAUCAGGCUUGAGUAGGGUCAGCUAUGCCAUAAGGACCCCUUGUCCAUCUCCUCGUUAGAUUACGAUAAAUUCAUAUUCUUGGUUAAAAUAUGUUACAUUUAAGUCACAGAGGGCUAUUGCAUUAAACUACAUAAGAUCAUGUUUCAGUUAAUAUCCAUUAUUGGCGUUUUUUUCCUAUAAUUUUUGUGAGUUUGAAAUUGGGAUCCUUUGCUCAGGACAGGGCAUUUCCAGGCAUAGAGCCGACAUGGAAAUGAAUAAUAUUGAAAGUAUUUAGAAUAUUUGAAAAAAAAACUAAUAUUGUGGGUGUGUGUGCUAUGCCAGUGGAUCUAUGACACUGUGAACUUGUGAG